GUGUGCGUUACGUGGGUUCGAGCGGGCGUACGCCCCGCAAGGGAGGGGCGCCGGCGUCUGUGCGAGCCUGUCAGUCCUUGUGCAGGUGAAGAAGGCCAGACAAGUGGAAUAGCGUUUCCUCGUCAGACCACAAAGCAGCUGUCUCCACCGUCGUCCGUGAGGUCGCCCAAGACUCCAUCUGAUGGACAAGGAGGCCUGAUCACCGGCCCCUUCCUUUGGGCCUGUCGGUUGACUGUGUAGUGAUAGAAGGAAGGAGCCAGGGCUCUCGGCUGCCCCACCGUCCAGGCCAGGGGAGGCCCCAGGAGCGGUAGGGAGAUGAAGUUCGGCUGCCUCUCCUUCCGGCAGCCUUAUGCGGGUUUCGUCUUAAAUGGGGUCAAGACCGUGGAGACGCGUUGGCGUCCUCUGCUGAGCAGCCACCGGAACUGUACCAUCGCCGUCCACAUCGCCCACAGGGACUGGGAAGACGCCGCGUGGAGGACGCUGCUGGUGGAGAGGCUGGGGAUGGCCCCCGCUCAGAUUCAGGCCUUGCUUCGGGAAGGGGAAAAGUACGGCCGUGGCGUGAUAGCUGGGCUUAUUGACGUUGGGGAAACGUUGCCGUGCCCAGAAGACUUAGCUCCCGAUGAGGUCGUGGAACUGGAAAACCGAGCUGUGCUGACCAGCCUGAAGCAGAAGUACCUCACGGCGCUUUCGAACCCCAGGUGGUUGCUGGAGCCCAUCCCCAGGAAAGGCGGAAAGGAUAUCUUCCAGGUAGACAUCCCAGAGCACCUGCUCCCCUCGGGGCAGGAGGCCUGAGGAGCGUGCAGGGUUACGGGGAAGCCAGCUAAGUCACGACCCGUGAGCUGACCGUCGUGCCGCAGGCGGGGACCGCAGCUCUGGUCUGGCUGGGCCCUGCCGCGGAGAGCGCUGCCGCUGCGUGCUGUUCGUGGACACAGAUUUCUCCGCUCCCGUGCGGCGGACGGGCCGGCGGGACUUUCCUUGUGAGCUGCCCGUCUGGGCUCCUCGACAGGCUCGAGGACUCUGAGCUUCAGGAGAAAGGGAAAGCGGCCGUAAAGGCCUCUGCACCGCGACUAAUUUGGAUUGCACCAAGAAAUACGUUUCGGGGCGCCUGGGUGGCUCAGUCGUUACGUGUCUGCCCUUGG